CGCGGGGGACGCAACGAUGUCAACCGGCUCGGUGAGCGACCCGGAGGAGAUGGAGCUGCGGGGACUGCAGCGAGGGUACCCGGUUCCCGUCUCCAAGAGGCCGUGCCUCCGCGGCGCCGAGCGCAGCUACGUGUCGCCCAGCGACAACUCUUCUGCGGAGGAGGAUGACCCCGACGGCGAGGAGGAGCGCUGUGCGCUGGGCGCGGCGGGCGGCGCGGGAGGCUGCAAGAGGAAGCGGCCCCGGGUGGCUGGGGGCGGCGGCGGCAAGAAGCCCCUCCCGCCCAAGGGUUCGGCGGCCGAGUGCAAGCAGUCGCAGAGGAACGCGGCCAACGCCCGAGAGCGCGCCCGGAUGCGCGUGCUGAGCAAAGCCUUCUCCAGACUCAAGACCAGCCUGCCCUGGGUGCCCCCCGACACCAAGCUUUCCAAGCUGGACACGCUCCGGCUGGCUUCCAGUUACAUCGCGCACCUGCGGCAGCUGCUGCAGGAGGACCGCUACGAGAACGGCUACGUGCACCCGGUGAACCUGACGUGGCCAUUUGUGGUCUCGGGACGACCCGACUCUGACACCAAAGAAGUCUCCACGGCCAACAGAUUAUGUGGGACCACCGCUUAGAGCGAACUCGAACUCUCUUGGGAUUAUUGGUUGAGCACACGGGUUUGGGGACUAGGGAGACAGCGUGAGAAGCCCUGAGAAUGGGAAGAACGUUCCAUUGGAUUCUCCUAGACUCCCGCAGCCCGGGACCAUGAACUCGACAGGUGGCGGGCGUUAGGGG